GACGCACUAAACUCUACAUGGAGAAUCACUUUAAUGAUCAAAGCACGGAAUGUUCCGCCAGUUCAGACAGCAACGACUGCCAGAGGGUAGACCAAUAUGGAUUUGAGAGAGCGGAAGAUUUCAACUAUGAAUCCUAUGAGGACUUUAUGUCCAAGCAUUUAGCUGUUGUCACUAGAAGGUCAAAGAAGUGGUCGAAACUUUUGCAGGGCACUGUAAAUGUUGAGAAAAAUAUAAAAGUGAAGCGAUAUGUGAGGAAGGGGGUUCCAUGUGAACAUCGCACUCAGAUCUGGAUGGCAGCUAGUGGAGCCCAGGACCAGUUGGACAGAAAUCCUGGCUACUAUCAUUCUCUAUUAAAGCCUGAGCAUGACCCUAAAAUAGAAGAGGUUAUACGUGCUGAUAUGCACAGAACCUUUCCUGACAACAUUCAGUUCCGUGCCACCUCCCAGCCAUGUUUACAAAAAGCCCUGUUUAAUGUACUUCUGGCUUAUGGACACCACAAUAAGGAUGUUGGUUACUGUCAGGGAAUGAACUUUAUUGCUGGAUACCUCCUCGUCAUCACCAAAGAUGAAGAGAAGUCUUUCUGGUUAAUGAAUGCUUUACUUGGCAAGAUCUUACCAGACUAUUACACACCAACAAUGCUGGGGCUUCAAAUGGAUCAAGAGGUGCUUGGAGAGCUUGUCAGGAUGAAGGUUCCUGCUGUCUGGCAGGUCAUGAAUAGACACGAUGUAAUGUGGACCCUGGUGGUCUCACGCUGGUUCAUCUGCCUGUAUGUUGACAUACUUCCUGUAGAGACAGUGCUGAGAAUAUGGGACUGCCUGUUUUACGAGGGAUCCAAGAUCCUGUUCCGAGUGGCUUUGACGCUGAUUCGUCACCAUCAGAACCUCAUCUCACAGGCGCAGAGUCUCCCAGAAAUCUGUGAAUGCUUCAAACAGAUCACUCACGGGGAGUACGUAGAGGACUGCCAUACAUUCAUGCAGAAAAUCUUUAUGGAGCCUGGAGGUCUCUCUACAGCAACAAUUACUAAACUCAGGAAGAUGUGUAGGAAUCACAUUACUUCUGCCUAAAACCCUCCUUUACACUAAAUGGUGAACAUGGACAUACAGUUCUGCAUUUUCAGCAUGCGAGAUGAGAAUUUAUUACUUACUGUGUGGGAAAACUUCAUAGUGUGUUAAGCUUUUAUAUGAAUAUUUUAAACAUAAUGAAA